AUGUACACCGUGCAACGAUGUACAGCAAGACGCCCGACGCCCGACGCCAACAUGAACGCAACACCAGCAACUAAACUAGCACCAAUGAAGGACGAGUUAUCACGAGCCUUGCGAACAGUUUCUGCAUCCGGUUGUGAUCCAAAAAUCAUUUACCUUGAUCGAGUCUGUCGAACGUGCCUGGUAGAGAGAGAAAAGGAUCAGCUUAAAGAUUUGUUCGAAUUUUGUCUGGCGGAUACCAUCAUGAGCUGCACGCGCAUUACGGUGGCCGAAUCCGAUGGACUUCCGUGUCAUAUAUGUACGGACUGUUGUUUGGAGCUGGAAAGAAGCUUCAACUUUCAGCAAAUGACCAAAGCAUCGGAUGCUACGAUCCGAUCACUGCUCGAGGAGUCGGUCGUCAUCAAACAAGACAGCGAAACGAAGUAUGAGGUGUUAAAUGUGGUGGUAACGGACCUUCACGGCAACUCAAAAACGUCGGCCGUUGUUGUACCUAUUGAGGAACUACGAUUUCAGCUUGUAAAUUCAAACGACAGCACGCUGGUGGAUGACCGACCCGAGGAUAGUGUUAAUAUUCCGCCCAGCGAUUCAACAGCUAAUGAUACGAGCCCCAAAGCUGCUGCGAUUGAGGAAAACUUGCAAACAGUAAAUCCUACCACUGCACUAACCAUGUCAACUGCUACACCGGCACCAGAUAAACUUACCUCGGAUCAACCCUCCACCGCAAAGUCGUUAAGGGAAUCUAUCAUUCUUCGCACCCUGAAGCAGGAACUUUCGGAAUUCAUAAGCGGCAACAGCAGUGCUGAUGUAUCGAAAAAUGUAGAAAUCGUUGACGAAAAUGUAGACGACGAGCUAAUCCAUGUGGACUAUCUGAAAGAUGCACUUACGGAGGAAUACAUUCAAAUCAUGGAAAAUCAGCUGGCGUCUUCCGUACCAUGUAGUAAGGAGGAGGAACAGCUGGAACAAGAGCAUUUGAAUAAUCUAAUUCACGCCUCGAUGGAAGCGGAGGAACCGCGAGAACGGCCCAAAAGCGAAGACGCCAAUGAAAUCAAUACCAUGUAUUGCAAGAUUUGCGAUGUACAGUUUAGCAAACGGCGGUUGUACCGAAAGCACGUCGAUCGUAAGCACUCGGAAAAACGCUUCGAAUGUCAGCUGUGUUCGAGAAAGUUUGCAGAAAAGUCGGUACUCAAGAAUCAUAUGCUUCGGCACACUGGAGAAAAGUCGCACGUGUGCGAUGUUUGCGAUGCACGGUUCUACGAAAAAGCCCUUCUAAACGUGCAUAUGCGACGACACUCUGGUUCGCGACCGUACGGUUGCGAGCUGUGCGAUAAACGGUUUGCCACGCGGAGCAUGCUCAACACGCACCAAAAGGUGCAUAGCGAUCCUCGGCCUCACGUGUGUAAUGUUUGCCAGAAGGGUUUCAAAUUAUCCUGGCAGCUGAAGGCACACGGACGAAUUCACACUAACGAAAAGCCGUUCGAGUGCCCUUACUGCCAGAAACGGUUCAAUCAAAAUGGCAAUCUCGCAGUGCACAUACGAACCCAUUCCGGAGAAAAGCCCUAUGUGUGCAAAAUCUGCGAAAAAGCCUACCCAAGCCAGGGAGAAUUACAGUGCCAUAUGCGACAACACACCGGUGAGGAAAAAGUGAAGAAAGUUGUAUGCACCGUUUGCAGCAAAGCGUUACCCACCAAUCACGAUCUCCUCAUCCACAUGCGAACACACACGAAGGAAAAGCCGUACGGGUGCACGGUGUGCGAGAAACGAUUUAUGCUGCGCGUCCAUCUUACCGUGCACAUGCGUUCCCACACGGGCGAAAAACCGUUUGCUUGCAAUUUGUGUGAAAAAGCAUUCCCUACCAACUAUCAGCUGAAGAUGCACAACUAUGUGCAUACAGGAGAGAAAAACUAUUCCUGCGAGGUGUGCAAUCGGAAAUUCAGCAGUUCAGCCAAUCGCAACACGCAUAGGAAAAUACACGAUCGAAAGACAAAUUAGCAAACCAAUACAUGUAGGCAUGCACAAUAAAAUCAUUAAAAUGCGAGUACAUGUUGUU